GAAGGAAAUGAUUGUAACACCCGCCAAACGUCAUUUUGUUGUGGCUGGGUUUGCUAGCUACUGAUGGCUACUUAUACCAGCUUAAGGAAGCGAGAUGAAAACAGGCCGGAAAUGGAAGUCCAGCUCUCCAGAGCCUACACAUGCAAAAGUUGCCAAGAGGGAGCCAAGAUCCUAUGCUGAAGGCAGACUGACCUUCAGUCCAGAGAAGAUUUUCACUCCUAGCAAGAGAAAAGUCUGGAAUACAUCUUCUCCCAGAAGGCAUUCAUCUAGAUUAAAGUGUCAUGGCCAAGAACCAGGUAAUGCUGAGAGUGAGCUUGACAUGGUACGGUCCUCUAGCAUUCUGGAGUCAUCCCCCCUUCAGUCAGAGGUGGACACAGAGCUGGGGCUGGUCAUCACACUGGAUGAAGAGGGAACUGGGGAACAAGAGCAGCUGAAGACAAAGAGUGGAGAAAAACUGAUAAAAGGAUUGAUAGCACAUGAUAAUAGUGCAAUGGCAGAUAAUGAGAGAGAUGCUGAAGCAUCCGAUCUGGAUGAGGACAGCGAGGAAGAGUUCAGAAAAUUGGACCGGGACUUAGCCAUCAAGUCUAAACAGCACAACCUGACUUCAGUCCACGUACGCAGCAUCAUUCAUGAGGUGAUCACCAAUGAGCAUGUAGUAGAAAUGAUGAAAGCUGCUAUCAGAGACACCCAGGACAUGCCCAUGUUUGAGCCCAAAAUGACACGUUCAAAGCUCAAAGAGGUUGUUGAGAAAGGGGUGGCAAUUCCCAAUUGGAAUAUCUCACCUAUCAAGAAAUCAAAAGAAAUAAAGCCUCCUCAGUUUGUGGACAUUCCUCUUGAGGAUGAGGAGGACUCUUCAGAUGAAGAGUAUUAUCCUGAUGAGGAUGAAGAGGAUGAGACUGCAGAAGAAACUAUCCUCGAGAGUGACCUGGAUAGCAUAGCAUCAUCACCACGUAUCAGUAGACGAGCUUGCUCUUGCACACCCAUAGAGCUCUCAGAGUGUGAUGAAGAAAGAAGCAGCAGUCCACGAAUGAAGACUAGGCACUUGAGAGUAGAAGCAGUGCCUAUGGGCCCUCCUGCUCCACCCUCCCUGUCUGGUGUGCCUUCUCGGCCCUCAAGGGCUCUUGAUUCAUUUAUGGAGAAACUGCAUGCUGUGGAUGAAGAGCUGGAGCUUAGUCCCCUCUGCAUGGAGCCUUACCAGGCUCUGAGUAGUGGUGAGAAUACUGAGGAAAGCCUGGUGGCAUGCCGGACACGAUCCAAGCGUCCAUUGAGGGAUGUUCCGUUGGACCAGCUGGAGGCUGAGCUUAAGGCUCCUGACAUCACGCCGGACAUGUAUGAUUGUGUCUCAGCACUGGAGGACAAAGAGUGGAGCCACUGGCUGCAAGGCCUCAUGACAGCACACCUGGACAACGAAGAAGAGGGUGAUGAUGAUGAUGAUGAUGAUCCUGAAUAUAAUUUUCUUGAUGAUCUUGAUGAGCCUGAUUUAGAGGACUACCGCAACGACCGUGCAGUUCGCAUUACUAAGAGGGAAGUUAAUGAGCUCAUGGAGGAGCUACUUGAGACGUUCCAGGAUGAUUUGGGAGUAAAUGAGGAUGAAGAAGCCAAUGAGGAAGAUGAGGAGCGGGGAAAAGUGUCUUCACAAAGUGCUGCCAAAUUCAAUGUCCCCCAAGCCAUUCGAUUUGAGGAGCCACUGGCCCACAUGUUGACCGCGUGCAGGCGUACAGUCCGUGAGCAGCUAGAUGCUCUCCAGCAGCGUCGAGAACCCCUGAGCCGACCUCACCACAACGUACCAGGGCCUGCCAUGUUCCUCAUCCCUCCUCCCUGUACCUUGAUGGUGAUGCCUAAUCAGAAACGGCAGCUGCAACAGCAAAUCCAGCAGCACGUCCAGUUGUUGACGCAGAUGAACAUGCUGUGUAGCCCCGUUGAGGCACUACAGAGCCAGGCCGCCACCACCAAACUCUUCUUGACGGAGUUGCAGUCAUUUGCAGAGCGGGCAGAGCAGAUGAGAGCGGUGGUCGAGCCUGGCUUCAAAAGUGCAUUCCGGGUGUGUAAUCUGCAACCGUCUCUGGACCUGCUGGAAGAGCUGGAGAAAACAACCUCUCCACCCAUUCCUCGGCCCAAAACUACACACACACAUGCUGUUCAUCGCUACCCGAUUCUCCCAGCUCACCUGGCCUGGCUGUUUGCCACUAGGUCAUUGUUCUUGUACCCAGAGUUACUGCCCCACUGCAGCCUGGACCCUACCGUGCAACCCUCACGCAGCAAGACUAUUUACACGAAAGGAGAGGAUGGUCUGAUUGUUCUGGGGCUGAAGCAUUUCAGUCAGACCGAAUUCCCCCACAAAUUAAUGAGUCAGUAUCUCAUUCAGUCUAAAAGGGUGGAGCAGCUACGUACCCGUGUAAGAGACAUGUCCUCGAGUAGGGCUACAGACAACAUCAUCAAGUUUUACUGUCAGCACCAUGUUGUUCCCCCACUACCUGUAGCCUGCUGUCCAGUUCUCCCAGGUGAAGAACGCCCACCUGUGGAGAGAGAGAAGAACAUCAUGCCGAACUGGCUUUUGAAAAGCUUGCCACACAUACAUAAAGCAGUGUGUGAGAGACAAUCAGAAGAGAAGACACCAUCUGAUAUGAGGACAACUCUUGCUUUACCCUCUCUCCCCACUUUUCCACAGGGAACACAGUAUCCACUGUCCCUCCCUAAAGGUAUAACUCUGCCAUUGCAUCCUUCAGCCAGGCGUGAAGGUUCUGCUCGACCCUCCAAGCCCCGUCCUCUGCACGGUUUUGCACGUCCUGCAUCCACACCGUUAGCAAAGGCUCCUCUAUGCCCUGUCGGUACAGUUAAUUUAUUGUCCCCAGUCCCAGCACCCCUCCCCUCUCAAGGAGUAAUACUGUUAACUCAGAGCCCCUUAAUUCCAGUGAAUGAGGCUCUCCCAGUCACUCAGGUAACCUCAACCCCUUCUCAUGCAACAGUGCCAUUAAACUCUGUUGGUCCUGUUAACUUCCAGUAUAUUGUUCAACAGCAGGGCUGUGUUAACCCCAUAGAGCCUCCAGCUAGUUUGCCCCCGGUGCAGAUACCUUCAUCUCUAGCUGUAGACUGUGAUAGACCUGUCCCCCCUAACGGGGUAGAGAAGUGCAUAAACGUUUUGCAGAUGAGAGCAGAAGUGCCUAGGAAACAAAUCGUGCCUAGAAAACUGCUUUCCAUUACGCCUUCCCCAUUUCCAACCCAGCUAAUCCCUCAUACCCCGGUUAGUGUGACACUAGGUAGCACUGCGCCAACUGUCACGUCUGCUAAAUUUAUAGAAAACAGCUCAAACGCUGCUUCACCACCUAUGGUCAUCUUCCAGCCUUCCUCCUUACUAGAUACUCCUUAUGUCCAUCCACCAGUACACUCACAAGAAUUGGUCAAGUCCUCUAGCACUACACCACCUCAGGAUUCAUUUUCUCAACCAGUCAGUGGUCAACCUUACCCAGGGACACAAUCCAGGCCACUGUUGCCUCGCAGCAGUGUCAGUAUGUCAAGCCCAGUCGCUAAGAAGGAGCCAGCAGACAGUGAGUUUAAACUGAAGUCUAGUCCUGUGUUUUUCUCACACACCCCUUCUCCUCCACUUCACGUGACUGAAAGCCUCAAAUCAAGCCCUAGCAUGCAAAGCGUGAGUGGUCAGGAACAGUCCUGGCCCACAUUGAAAGAUGAAUUUGAAUGUGAUGAACUAGUGUCAAAUCACCGAAGCAACCCUUUGCCAGACACUGUAGUUAAUAGCAUAGGCACUGAAAAUCUCAAAGGUGUUUCAUUGGCACCCAAUAGUAGCAGUAUUGGAGUUACACCACCCACCACCAGCCUCUUGACUCACUCUGAUGUACCUGCAAAUAAUUCUCAGUUUGUGUUACUUCAAGCAGCUUCACAGGUGGGCACACCACAAUCCUUUCUAAUGCCCAAAACCAGGCAGAUCCCAAAUCAGCCUCAGUUGCAUUUUUCUAAAGGUGAAAGCAAAGUGCCUGAGCAAAAAACUACAGUUUACAGCUCUGAGACUUUUUCUACAUCGAGCAUGCCAAAUGUCAGAGAAGAUCAUUUAUCAUUCCUUACUGUUGGACUGCCUUUUGAUGGUGCUACGAGCCAAGCACCAGAUCUGCCGAGUACAGAUCUGGGUGGUGAUGAGUUGUGGAAAGAGGAUAUGGAAGCAGGAGCAAAGGUAGGUGGAGAAGAUAUGGCAUGUGUUCUAUUUACAAGCCCCCUCCUUAUGCUGUCCGAGUCCUCCUGUAGCCCAGACUCCGAUAUCAGCCAUACGGACAGCAGUACAGAGACAUUAGAGAAUAUGAUGGAGGACAGCCCAAACACUGGAGAACAGCACAGCAGCUACUUCAGGAAAGAGAGUGGUGGUGGAAGCACUCAUGGCCCUGCUAAUUCAAACAGGAGUGAAGAACAAGUUCACAGUGCAGGUGAAGUACCAGGACUGCUCACUUUUACUUCUGGUGCUGAAAACAAGGAACCUCCUGGGGGAGGAGAGGGGUUGAACAAGGGAAAGGGAGAUGGUCAUCAGAAUGAAGGAAGUGGAGGAGGUAAAGAGAGGGAUGCAAAUGAUGAAGGUGAGAAGAGAGGAGAUGGGGAUGGUGGCAGAGAGACGCAGGGGAAUGGAGGAAGGGAUAGAAAUGAUGAUGAGAAGGAUGGAGAUGGAGAGCGUGAAGAGGAAGAGGAGGACUUUGAUGAGCUCACACAAGAUGAAGAUGAGGAGGAAGUAAUGUCAUCAGCAUCAGAGGAAUCUGUUCUCUCAGUGCCUGAACUGCAGGAGACGAUGGAGAAGCUGACUUGGCUGGCAUCAGAGCGGAGGUUAUGUGGGGAAGGGGAUUCUGAGGAGGACAACUCUCCAAACUCUCCAAACUCUCCCACCUCCCCUACCUCGCCAAUCUCUCAAAACUCACAGGAGGAGAAUUCAGAAGAUGAGGAGGAUGGGGCAUUGAAGGGUGAAGAGCUGGAGCCCGGAGAGGGAGAGGGAGAGGCAGAAGCAGAGGCAGAGGGAGAGGCAGAGGGAGAAGGAGAGGGAGGAAAACUGCCUGAAGAAGAUGCCCCUCAGGAGGAUGACCCUCCACAGAACAGUGGGAAAGCAGCAGGACGUGGUAGAGGUCGUGGUCGCCCCCCACCCCGCAGUCUUAGGAAAAGCCGGCGACAGGAACGGGGCAGCAAGGACACUUCAAAACUACUCCUGCUCUGCGAUGAUCACAUCCUGGAUAACGAUCCGAUGAGGGAGAGCAAGGACAUCGCUUAUGCCCAAGCCUACCUCAACAGGGUGAAGGAGGCUUUGCAGGAUUCUCCAGGCAAGGUGGAGGAAUUCUUGAGUCUGCUGUAUGAGUUUGAGCAGGGAAGCGAGAGUCGUAGUGCAGUUGAGCUCUUCUGUCAGCUAAAACCUCUGCUCAAAGACUGGCCGGAGCUGCUGAGGGACUUUGCUGCUUUUCUUCUUCCAGAGCAGGCUUUGGAGUGUGGCCUGUUUGAGGAGCAGCAGGCUUUUGAGCGUAGCAGGAGGUUCUUAAGGCAGUUGGAGAUCAGUUUUGGGGAAAAUUCUUCUCACUACCAGAAGAUUGUGAAAGCUCUUCAGGCUGCAUCUGCCCCCACUCCUGCAGGGGUAGAAGAGUUAAAAACACAGAUGGCCACCCUCCUUAAAGGUCACACACACCUGCAGGGAGAGUUCUCUGUAUUUUUUGACGAGCUCCGUCCACCACCAGCACGUCCAGGACAGUUUGAGGAAGCAAUCUGGCCUGAGGAUGGAGGGAACAUGACAGAAGGAGGUGAUGGAGUGAGUUUGGGGAGUGGAGGGUUUGAGGAAGUCACACUCCCUGAUCUGGACGAGGAAGAAGAAACUCCCAAAAUUCCCCAGAUAACAGGAAAGAGCAGGAAAAGAAAAGAGCUAGGCACACACAGGAACUACAAGCAGGCUUGUGAUUGGCCAGAGAAGCACUGCCCCUGCCACUGCCAUUUCUCUAUUCAUGAUGCUAAACAUCGCCGACACAAGAGGAAAGGCUGCCCCCGCUGCCAUGGCGUCAAGGGCACUGAUGGUUCCAAGUCGCUGAAGACUAGCGAUCACUCGUUCCCCACAGCAGACCCUCUACCUGAGAAACAGGAAGAAAGAGAUGAAUCAGAAAAAGGAGUAGAGGAAGAGAAAGAGACAGAGACAGAAAUUAAAGACGAGUCUGGUAGCGGGGCAAACAGUCCACAUCAUGAGCCAGAAGGUCAAGUGUGGGAGUGCAUUGAAGCAGAACCUUUAGCCAUCCCUGAAGAAAGGGAUGAUGAGGAGGAUGAUAAGGAGGAGGAAGAGGAGGAAGAAGAGGAGUGGAAGGAGGGAGAGAAGGAACAGUGUUCCUCUCCUAGUAAGUCUGUCAGAGAAGAAGAGGUUCCAGUCACUGAACACUCGGACACUUUUCUUCUUCCUCAGCCAGGUGAGAGGGAGAUGCCACAGCAGAGCUGGCAGAGUCCCUCAUCUGAAACACCGGUCUGUGCCAAGAACAUCUCCCUUACUCCAAGUGGAGAGAAAGUCGUGCUCUGGACCAGAGAGGCAGAUCGGGUCAUUUUAACAGCCUGUCAGCAGCAAGGGGCCAAUCAGAGCACCUUCCAGUCUGUAUCAACACAGCUUGGCAACAAAACUGCCAGUGAGGUUGCCAAGAGGUUUCGGGACCUGAUGCGUCUAUUUCAUACGUCAGCUCAACAGGUCAGCUCAGAUGAGGAGGCCACUGAACAGCAGUCAGCUACUGACGAGGAGCAGGACUGACGCACUCCUCUGAGAAUAAGCUUACACCAGCUAGACCACAUCAGACCAGCUAAAAACACUUGAGCUACAGUUGUAGACAACAUGGCUACAAUAAUAGUGGGAACACAAUGAGCUAUGGGACUCACAUGUUAAAGUUACGUAGCUGAAUUUAUUACACAAACUGUCAUCAGUGUGAUUGCACAUCAGGGACAUGGUGUUAUGGAAGUUAUGAAAAUGAAGAUGAUGAGGCUCAAAAAUUCAACUAAUUUAUCACCAGCUCAUGAACUGAGAAUGGCAGCUACUUGUUUUAUUACAUUGGACUUUUUGUUGUUGUUGUUGUUGUUGUUGUUGUUGUUGUUUUUAUAUAUAUAUUUGCUUCACAGUGGACAUAUUGUAUAUAUUGUAAAUAGAUUGGGCAAGUCCUAAAUAUGUACAGUAUUUUUUACAUAAGACGUUGAAUUUUUUUUCAGAUAUGUUCUAGGUUUUGAUGAAAAAGUAGGAAGUUCCCUAGUCUAUAAAAAUAAAAUAAAAGACAAAUCUAAGAGAAAAA